UGUUCUCAAUAACUUAAAUUGUUAAAUUAUAACAAUCUUGGAAGGUUUAAUCGUAGGGGGAUCGGCUGUGGAAUUGCAAAGGCAACACUGUUGAGACAUGCUGAGUAACAUUAGUUUUUCCAAACUGAUCUUAGAGUUUACACCAAAGAAGGGGGGAACACCUAAGCGUAAUGAGAUAGUUUUCAUCUCGCCAACAGGCGAAGAGAUUGCUAAUAAGCGGCAGUUGGAUCAGUACCUUCGUGCUCACCCUGGAGGGCCGCCUGCAUCUGAUUUUGACUGGGGAACUGGUGAUACCCCUCGGAGAUCUGCAAGGCUCAGUGCUAAAGCUAAAGCUACGGAGACUCCUGAAGGCGAGAAACCCAAAAAGAAAGAAAGGAAAUCAAGUGGUAAAAAAGGGGCAAAAGAUGAAAAAGGUGAAGAAAAUGAGGCAGCUAAUGAAGCAAAAGAAUCUGCUGGUGCAGAAAUGGAGGAGGCUGAAGGUAAUGUGGACAAGGCCAAGGAAGAUGCCAGUGAAGGCAAAGCACAGAAAGAGUCCACGGAGAUGAUAGAGGGACAGCAGGAGAAAAGCAUGGAGAAGGCUGCUCAAACUGAAGCUGCUGCACCAAUGGUUGAGGAACAGAAAGAAGCAGACAAAGGUGACAAAGAAAAACCCGAUUCUGAAAUGUUGCCUCCGACUUUUGAAGGAAACAAGGAACAGGACACAGAGGAAAAGAAGACUGAGGAUUCUGGUAUGUUACCUCUAAAAUCUGAAGGAAAGGGGAAUGAGAGUCCAGAGAAAGGGAAACAUGAAGAUUCUGCAGCAUUGCCUCAAACAUCUGAACCACCCAAAGAAGAGGCUCCAGCAGUGAAUGAGAUCAAGGAUGGAGGUGCGCCUGCAGAGAAUGACGGCUUCAAGGACAAUCGGCACUCUGUAAACUUUGAUGAUGGGCAGCAUCAACCCAAGGCUUCACCUGUUAAUGCCUGAAUCAUAAAUAUCAAGCCAUACAUAGCUGUAUGUCUAAUUUUAAUUUAGUUUGUAUUUCUAGUUUGUAGCAGUUGGUGUCAGAAAAACAUUCGAAGUGUGUCGAAUUUCUAUGUAUGAGUCUCUGAGUAUGCACCUGCAUCCUGCCGAUGUUGUGUUACCAUCCAUUCUAACAUGUUUAAAAACCUCUUUAACUUUUGACAUAUUUUGUUAUAUAUUGGAUGCCACAGGUAAUCCCUCUUGAGAGAAAUUCCCCGUGACAAUU